AUGGUAGGUUGGCACUUUCCCGAGCUCGGCAAACUUGUACAGGAUCAUCAAGCUUUUGCAAAGGUUGUCAAAGUUACUGGCAUAAAGCAAAAUGCAGCCAAUGUUGAUCUUUCCGAAAUUCAUAAAAGCAACUUGAAGCAAAGGUCGCAAUUAUUCGACUAUUUGAAGAAUAGAGUGACCGCCCUAGCCCCUAAUUUAACAUGCUUACUUGUGGGUGCUCGACUGAUCUCACAUGUUGGAUCUCUCGUUUCAUUAGCCAAAGCACCUGCUUCUACAGUACAGAUUCUUGGUGCUGAGAAGGCUUUGUUCCGUGCUUUGAAGACCAAGAAAGACACUCCUAAAUAUGGACUCAUCUAUCACGCACAACUUACCACGCGGGCUUCUGCAAAACUCAAGGAGAAGGUAUAA